AUGCGGGAGCUCCCUGAGGGCCUGGAGAGCAUCAUCCAGCGGGACUUCUUCCCCGACGUGCAGAAGCUGCGGGCGCAGAAGGAGUACCUGGAGGCGGAGGAGAGCGGCGACCUGGAGAAGAUGAGGCAAAUCGCCAUCAAGUUCGGCUCCUCCUUGAGCAGAUCGGCCCGGGACACGCCCGCGCCCUAUGUUACUCCAGCCACAUUUGAAACCCCUGAAGUGCAUCCACGUCUUCCACUUGCCAAUAAAUCCAAGGUUGGCUUCAAAGCUGCAGAAGAAGGAGAAGCAGAAAAAGAUGAUAAAGAUGAACUUCCCAGUCUGGACAGCUUCUUAGCAAAACACACGAGUGAAGAUAAUGCUUCAUUUGAGCAGAUCAUGGAAGUGGCUAAAGAGAAGGAGAAAGUCAAACAUGCUUGGCUGUACAGUGCAGAGGAGGAGUAUGCCCAGCGACGAAAUAACAACCUGGCACUUCCUUCAGCAGAGCAGCAGGCCCUUGAAAAUGUGAAAGCUGGGCUGGAGACGUGGGAGUACACAGCUCGGAAUACCCUCAUGUAUUAUCCUACAGGUGUACCCAAUGAGGAUGAUAUAUUUAAGAAGCCCAGGGAAGUUGUCCAUCGAAACACCCGUUUUGUGAAGGAUCCUUUUAGUCAAGCCGUGAGCAAAUCCCAGCUCCAACAAGCUGCAGCACUCAAUGCUCAGUACAAACAGGGCAAAGUGGGACCAGAUGGGAAAGAACUGAUACCCCAGGAGUCUCCAAAAGUGAAUGGAUAUGGAUUUGUGGCUACACCCUCUCCUGCUCCUGGUGUGAAUGAAUCUCCUUUUAUGACAUGGGGUGAAAUUGAAAGCACCCCUUUGCGUUUAGAGGGAUCAGAAACGCCAUAUGUGGACAGAACACCUGGACCAGCCUUCAAGAUACUGGAGCCUGGGCGCCGUGAGAGGCUAGGACUUAAGAUGGCCAACGAAGUAGCCGCUAAAAACCGAGCAAAAAAGCAGGAGGCCCUUCGAAAAGUCACAGAAAACCUGGCCAGCCUUACUCCCAAAGGACUAAGCCCAGCUAUGUCACCAGCUUUGCAACGGCUGGUAAACAGGACUGCAAGUAAAUACACGGACAAAGCGCUGCGAGCCAGCUAUACCCCUUCCCCGGCCCGCACGGGAACGCCUGGCUACAAGACCCCCGCCGGUGGGCCCCGAACCCCCACCGGCACCCCGCUGCCAAGGACAGUGUCUCAGACACCAGUGUCUCAGGAUACUACUUCAAUCACAGACAAUUUACUGCAGCUUCCUAAAAGAAGAAAGGCAUCUGAUUUCUUCUAA